UAUUCAUAUGUACGUUUAUACUUACUCGACGUCAGUCUGAUCUGGAGGCAAUAUGAUUAUAACUUACAUCAUAGCCUAUGGUAUCUUGGUUUACAUGAUUACGAUUGAGAAUAUAUAUGGAACUACUACAACUGAAGUUUACACAUCAACCGAAAUUCAAACUACAACUAUGACUGUAGAAACAACAACUAAAUCGUUAGCAAUGACCGAAUCUCUAACAAGUACUGCAAAAACUGACGCAGAGACAACAACGGAACAAUCGACAGUCACUGUGGUAGAUGCCGUAACUGCAGAUAACAGUAAUAGUUCAGAAUCAUCAAUGGAAAGUGGUUGUGAAGAAUUAGCCAUCAGUUUUUAUAAUCCUUUCAUUUGCGGUGUCACGAGUGUUAUUUUGACUAGUUAUUUACUUUAACUUAACUCUAUCGUCAAUGUUUUAGUUUGUAUUUUUCUGAAUUAAGUUGAUUUAUUUCAUAGGAUGUCCCUCUGGUAUCUUUCGCCCUUCUUUUAUAGUUUGUAUGAUACCACACACGACCUUCUGCAUCUUAAACGUAGGUAUACCUGUACCUUGAAGACUUUGUACACACACAAAUAUUUUAUGCUUGAAUUUCAGUAAAUAGAUAUAUUGUUUAUACUUUAUAAUAAACAUUUUAUAAUUGGAAUUUGUGUUUUUGUCAAAAUAUGUAGAUUGUAAAGAAAUGUUUUUGUAUAAAAAUGUAACAUGUAUCUUAUUUGAUUUCUUUAAAGCUUUUACACAAUAUACAAGUUGUAUCUUAGAUAGAUACAACUUGUAUUCAAUUGCACAAUUACUAAAAGUAGGAAUUCCCAUAAGUAAAUUUGAACUAUAACAAUUUAGAAUCUUCUAUUUAUAUCCUUUUGGGUUUUACGCAUUCGAAUAUUUGACGUUUUUGGCUUUAAAGACUUUUUGACAACCAUGUACCAAUAAAACAAAAAUAUGAAAUACCAGUCAACACAUGAUAGCACAUGUAGCAUCUGCAUGAAAGUUGGAAUUGUCUAACUGUCAUAUAGGUUGAUAUGGUUAUGUACAAGCCUUUUUUUAAUCAUAGUUUCUUCGGUUAUAUAUGUGCUGUAUACAUGGGUUUUAUAUCACCUCUUCUGUAUGAGUCAAGUUUUAAAAAUAUCAAAAACAAACUGACAUGGAUCUGAUAUAAAAUGUUAUAUAAAGAUGGACAACUCAAAUCAAACAUAAUAAAAUAAAUUCUUUUAUGUUUGACUUUCGUUGACCAUGACUUAUCUUCCGAGUAUUGUAUUUGAUUAAAUGUUUGUGAAAUGCAAUAAAACAUUUUGUUUUUA